GUGGACUCAUGGGAACUAAAUACCAUGGGCUGUGUUGUGUGGAAAGGGCAUAUCAGGAACUAAAUACCAUGGGAGAUAGUUUGUCUUCAGUGAGCAGCAGUCUGCCAGAUGUUGUCCAGCAGUACAGCGAUGUCCACUCCAUCAAUGAGCUGGACAGACUCCGACAGAGCAAGGGCAGUCGAAGGGGAAGUGACCCUAACAUCACUGGACUGCAGAAUUUGCAGAUGAGCAUUUCGGACCUGCAGUCUGUGUCCUCUAGUUCUCAUAGUCUACCCUGUUCUGUUGAUCUGAACCUUGACCAGACAGUCCUCUCCCAAGGUUCUCUAUCACCAGCUGAUGGCCAAGCAUUGAGUGCAGUUCUUUCUGCUGAAUCUUUAACUGGGGGUGGUGUUCCUAGUUCUCUAGCGCAGCUCCAGGACCCAGCCACAUUCACCUUGGGCUCACCUGAUUCCAAGAAAAAGAGCAAAAUAACCAAAGCCAACUUUCACCAAACAAUGGGCUCCUUGCAGACAACCAGAAAUGAUCCUGGUGACCCAUUGGGCAGCCUUGACCCCUUGUGGACAAUGGCCAAGAAAUGA